ACCACUGAAUCGUAACUAAACACGCCCUUUUCAACAUACAGGUAGAUAUGGAUACAGAGAUGCAUUCCACCCCAAUGCCAACAAUGCGAUCGGCCAUCACUGUGCCUCGCCUUGGGGUUAUUCCAACAGCGACGCCCCGUACAUCAGCCGCAACCGCACCGUCAACCACCGCUCGUAGCGGUACACGAGCAUCUGCAGCCGUUCCGUCUCCUCCAGAGGCGCCCUAUCUCAUCCGAUGCCCCCUUUGUCGACGUCCACACAAACUGCAGCACUGUGGUCUCUUCAAAGGCAUGACGCCGACACAACGCCAGCAAAUUGCCCAGGCGCACGGGUAUUGUCACAAUUGUCUGGCACAUACACACACGACGCAGGAAUGCGACUCCGGGGCUUUGUGCCAAAUGUGUGAAGGCAGCAUCACACGUUGCUUCAUCGUACCCCGAGGCGAGAGGUCAGUCGGCAGCCUGCCACACGAAUCCGUGGCGCAAACCGACCGCAGCAAACCAAUCGUGUGGCACGUCGCUGAAGAACGGUACCCCGAUCUGAGUCCCGUCCAUGGCGUCAGCAAAACAUCGCACCUACUAGGCGUAGGCCGAACUAUCGCCGCACGUCCGGACUCAGCAACGUUGUAG